UCAUUUUCAGUGACCCUUCUUUUUCUCCCCUGUAAUUCUGAGUUUACCUCACUUAAUCAAAAUACAUCUUAUCAAUAUUAAUAUAUUUUAUCGCCCGUCAUCUGUGAUUUCAUUCAAGGUUUCAUCUUAUUUAAUCGUCGAUCAUAUUUCUUUCCCGUAGUACUGCUCAAUCUCCUUCGCUAAAAGCCUCUUCAGUUAUUUUAUCAUUGCUUUUUCUUUAUCAUCCAAUCUCACUUGGCUCUUUUUUGUAAAUAUAAUAGAUAUAACUCAAUUGCAAAAUGAUUUCCCGAAUCAGUCAUCGUUUAAUGGUCAUCAAUCUAACUAGGAAAUUUUCUGUUAGUUCUGCUAUUAUGGCUUCCGACAGUAAAUUCAGAGUUGAGCGAGACACUAUGGGAGAAGUAAAAGUUCCUUCUGAUAGAUUAUAUGGUGCUCAAACACAACGAUCGCGAAACAACUUCAGGAUCGGUGUUUAUAAUGAAGAAGACGCUGAAUGGGGAGGCGAACAGAUGCCUCUAGCAGUUAUUAAAGCAUUUGCAAUUUUGAAGAAAGCUUGUUGUAUUGUUAACAUGGAACAAUCAAAUAUCGACAAAAAACUAGCCGGUGCAAUCAUAAAUGCCUGUGAUGACAUACUAAUGAAAAAGAAUAUCAAUUUACGACAAGAAUUUCCUUUGGUAAUUUGGCAAACCGGUAGUGGAACACAGUCCAACAUGAAUUGUAAUGAAGUCAUUGCUAAUCGUGCUAUUGAAAUUUUAGGCGGUCAAAGGGGUGAUAGAAAUCUUGUGCAUCCAAAUGAUCAUGUCAAUAAAGGGCAAUCAUCAAAUGAUACUUUCCCCACAGCUAUGCAUGUCGCAACAGCAAUCGAAACUCACAGAAGACUGCUCAUUUCUCUUGAUGAACUGCUUAAUUCUUUGAGAAAAAAAGAGAAAGAAUUCAAUCAUAUAAUUAAAAUUGGACGUACACAUUGUCAAGAUGCUGUACCUUUAACCCUCGGACAAGAAUUUUCUGGUUACGCUCAGCAAAUUGAGUUUGGCAUUCAACGUAUUAAGGCGGCUUUAGAGCCAAGAAUGUACUACCUUGCUAUCGGCGGAACUGCUGUCGGAACUGGACUUAACACCAAAGUUGGUUGGGAUAAAGCAGUUUCUUCAGAAAUUGCCAAUCUCACAGGUUUACCUUUCCGAGAAUCUCCCAACAAAUUCGAAGCCUUGGCUAGUCAUGACGCAUUCAUUGAGUUAUCUGGCGCAUUGAAUGUUGUUGCCGCAUCUUUAAUGAAAAUUGCAAAUGAUAUAAGACUUUUGGCAUCUGGACCCAGAUGUGGAUUAGGUGAGAUAAUGUUGCCUGAAUUGGAGCCAGGAUCUUCUAUCAUGCCUGGUAAAGUGAACCCAACACAAUGUGAAGCAAUGACAAUGGUUUGUGCACAAGUUAUGGGUAAUCAUGUUGCUGUAACCAUUGGUGGAUCAAAUGGACACUUUGAAUUGAACGUUUUCAAACCAAUGAUUGUGGCAAACGUUUUGCGAUCAAUUACUUUAUUAGCUGAUGCGGCCACCUCAUUCAACACCAAUUGUGUUACAGGCAUUCAGGUUAACGAAAAGAGAAUAAAUCAACUUUUGAAUGAUUCUCUAAUGUUGGUAACAGCUCUUAAUCCCCACAUUGGUUAUGACAAAGCAGCUCAGAUUGCCAAGAAAGCUCACAAAGAAGGGUUGUCAUUGAAAGAAUCAGCCAUUCAAAGUGGCUUUUUAACUGAACAACAGUUCAAUGAAUGGGUCAAACCAGAAGACAUGAUUGGACCAAAAAAAUAGUCACAACCGUAAAUUAAAUUAAUACCUGUAAAGCUAUGAGAUUCUUAAAAUCCAACAUCAAAUGAUAAAAUUCAAUUAUUUACUGGAAGAAAGAUUGUAAAAUUUAAAAAUUAAAUAUAAUUUAAAUCACUUUAAUUUUUACAACUCUCAACUCUUCGCUAUACUUCAACUUCCGAUAAUCUAUUUCGAUUAAUUUAAUGAAACUGGAAAUUCUGUCGCUACCAUUCAAGGGUCAAGUUUGGUGAAAUGAUUGAACUCUAGCAAAGCUUUCACUGCCCACCGAGUAUUGACAUAAAUGCUAAUCCUUAAUUACAUUAAAUAAUGGUGAUAAUGAUAGUGGAAAAAGUGUUUACAAAUAAAUGAUAUAUUACGUGCAA